ACGUGUCUUCUCUCCUCAAUGUUGAAUUCUGAAAACAAUAACAUCGUUUCGUCAGAUCUAGCAUUGCGGUUGAACGACUACAAGGUUGGGUGGAGAUCUGCCUAACUAUGAUUAUUCGGGACGGUGAUUACCGUCAUGAACUAGGCUAACUACGCACCAAUCAAUAGUGUAGAAGAGAGAGAGAGAGAGAAAAAAACCCCCACCAAAUCUAAAACAACUUACGCCUAACCCAACCGAAAAAAAAGCCAAUAUUACUCGCCAAAAGAUCAGCGUUAUUAGCGGGAACGUGAGGGAGGGGGGCAAAGAGCUGAGCGGUAUGCCACGUUCUAAGAGAAAGGGGUGUUGUGCGACCCUCCACCUGCGGGAGGAUAACGCGCGCUUCGUGCUGCUGUUUUUCGUGAUGGUGGCGUACAUGCUGGCGGGUGCUGGGGUGUUCAUGUUGCUGGAGGCUGACAAGGAGGUGAGCGACAGGCGGGACUACCAGGCGGCGGUCGACGCCUUCCUCGCCCUCUACCCCAGCGUCAACGCCACGGAUUUACAGAGUCUCUUACGACUUCACGGUAUUGCCGAAACUGCUGGCAUUGUGGGAAACAGGCGACCAAGAUGGGACUUUUCUGGAUCUUUUUAUUUUGUUGGUACAGUCGUCUCCACAAUAGGUUUCGGAAUGACCACGCCCCAAACGACAGGAGGCCAGAUUGUUCUCAUAUUCUAUGGUUUCUUUGGAUGUGCUGGAGCCAUUCUGUUCUUUAACCUGUUUCUCGAAAGGAUUAUAACGUUUCUAGCAUACAUCUUGCGUUUUGUUCACGAACGUGACCUUAGACGAAAAGGUGAAGGUCGCGACAAGGUGAGACGAGACUCCCAGCUGUCGGACGACGACGAGAGUUUAGACUCGUGGAAGCCCUCUGUGUACUGGGUGAUGUUGAUUCUGCUUCUUGGUGCUACGGUGGUCGCCUGCUGUGCUUCUGCUAUGUAUUAUCCCGUGGAGAACUGGACCUACUUUGAAGCGAUCUACUUCUGUUUUGUCACCUUCGCUACAAUAGGGUUCGGGGAUUACGUUGUGAGCCAGAAAUCGAAAUAUGAUAACGAAACCUUCUACAGGCUGGGUAAUUUUGUGUUUAUAAUGGUCGGUUGUUGUUUCAUAUAUAGUCUAUUCAACGUUACUUCUAUUGUGAUAAAACAGUUUCUAAAUUGGCUUCUCCGGAGACUAAAUUGCCAAUGUCGUGUAAAACGUCCUCCCAGAACACGGAGGAAUGCCAUUACGCCCGGGCAUUUGCACAGGGGUACGAAAACACCCACGGUAACUGUGAUGGACAACGAUUUCGACAGUGAUUCGGAAUAUAGGCGGAACUCUGGGGAAAUGAUAUCCAUGAAAGAUUUCCUCCAAGCUAACAAGAUUUCUUUAGCCAUGAUGCAAAAACAGCUGUGGGAGACCUCUCAGAGAGGAAACUCGCAUAGCUCUGGCGCAUUUCAGGACGGAGUGGGUCCUCUUGCAAUACUGAACAAGAAACUGGGUCAAGAUGAAUAUGACCCAGGAAUAUGAUAGACAACUGUCGUUGUGAUUCUAACAUGUCUAAAAGUCGUCUGCUAGUUUGCAUACAUUAUACAUGAUUUAAGAUAGGGUUUUUUUUUGGAAGGUACGACAUACUCCAAAAGGUAUUACCCAAAUAACUUAAACUUGUAUAUAAGUAAAUAAAAUAAUGAAACAUUCUUAGAACCAGGGUCAUACGUAACCUAAAUAAUUUGUGGAAGGGCAGUAACAUGGUAUCAACGUACAAUAAUAUAGUCUUCUCCAGCUAGACAAAAUGACAUUUUAAAACUAAACGAUACAUUUUACAUCCCACCCCACACCCACCUCCGCUAGGUAAAGCCCUGGGUAUGCUUGUGUGUACUUGUUUGAGUUAACAGUGCAGUUAUGUUCAGCGAAUACAGAUGUCACAGCCUAAAAUGUCAAUUCAUCGUCCUUCGACUUCUGUAUUCGAGUCAAUCAUCAUACCCGUUUAUCAAAUCCUGACCCGCACUGUGAUGAAUAUAUGUAUAUACCAUUACAAUAAAGGGUAUAGUUAAGCAGUCCGCAUGAAAAUGCUUUAGACAUCGCCAGGACCAUUAUUAAUAAUUAUUUUAAUAUUUUAGUAUUGCUUUAGUUGUUUUUGCCUCCAGUCAGCUUUAUUUUACAUUAUCGAUUUCAUACAAAGGACAAAAUCGUUAUCCAUGAAUGUAGGCAGGACCGGUCUACCAGAUGUCUUGUACACUUUUUGUUGCCAAAGGGUUCACUUUAAUAUAAAACGAAAUAUCCCACUGACAGUCUGUGCUAUUAUUUUCCUCCUCGUCUCAAAGAGGACUAACCAUGGGGUUUUAGCGCUUACUGUAUCGGCUCUGAUUCGAUCUAAAACACGUCCACCCUAACACUUUCCCGUGCCGAUCACUUCUAACAGACUUAAUAGACAUUCACACGUAACAAGCGACUUAGUGUUAUAUAUUAAACACAGUAAUAAAUGUUCUGUUAUUCAAAUGGAGUCAAACAUGUCCUUUGUUUCAAUAACUGAAUAGCAGACGUAGCAGACACCAAAUAUUCAAGAUGGAGUCUAUUUAAGAACAUUUAGACAAAGGCGAUUAUAUACUGGUGGGAACACGUGGUAUUUCAGACCAGUUUAAUUCACUAUUAGAGUGGUUAUGUCUAUAAAAUACAGAGCUGUAAUAUAUGAUUGAAUCGCAGUAGUGUGGGAUUGUCUGCCAGUAAGUUGGCUAAGUUGGUUACAGUCAAUAUUUUCUG